AUAACAUGUUGUGGCAGUCAAGAUUAAAGCAUGUGAUCCUGCCUUCAUUGUAGAUAAUACAAAGCUGCGAAAAUGGCGGACGAACAGGUGAGUUACCGAUCAAAAUAACGUGCAAACCUCAAAAUGCUGUAGAGUUAUUUAUGAUGAAGUGAUUUUAAAAAUCGUGUGAUAAGCCUGUCGGUGGUAAAUCUGUUGCAAGUUAUGUGGUUUCGACGUGUGUCCCAAACAUUUUGCUGCCGGGAAACUUAAGUAUUCUUGGAAGCUACGUUGUUUGUUGCCGGACCACAGUGAUUAUUUUGUCACACUGUCAAUGAAAAUGCAAUCAUAAACUGAAAGAUUUUUCCGCUUUAGCUUUACUGACAUCUUACUAUACAAAUAAAACCAUGUAGCCAAUAUGUAAAACUUUAAUCUUGUUUUCGUAAAUAGUAUUUUGUGCAGAUAUAAUUCUAAAGUUUCAGAAGAUAAUUAAUGGAUGAAAAUAUCAUCUAAAUCGUGAAUUUUAUAUUUGAAUAUUAUUAUUUGACUAAAAUUUUAAUUGAUUCUGUUGUACUUGUAUUAAAUUAUUGUCUGAAAUUACUUUAAAAAUGUGGCAUAACCUAUCCACUUUUAUUUUGCAACAUAAAUUAAGAUGUUUUUUUCUGUUAUUUUGAUAUAUUAAUUUUCCUAUUAUGUUAAUUACAAAAGUUUUUUUUAUCAAUCACGAUCUCUGAAUUGAAUUAAAAAUAAUACAAAAAUAUUCUAAAUACACACACUUUUGCAGAUAUGCAUUUGUAAUUUUUUAAGCAAGUGUCAGUUUGAAAUUCCGUUAAUUAUUAAUACUUGUUAUAUAUUUACAAAAUUUAAAUAAAUGUAUAAUCUUGAAAUGCUUAAAAUUAAAAACAUCAACUAUCGUUAAUUUUAUGAUAAAAAAUAAAGUUGAUAAUUUUAUAUAAUUUUUCUCAUUUGUUUAAAAAAUUAUAAAUUUAUGGUAAAUAAAUAAUAAAAAUAAUAUGUAAUAAUUAGUUUAAUAUUUAUUAAUAUUUCUAUGUAUCUUUUUUUAAUUUUAAUUUGAUUAUUUUUUUUAAUAAUAAUCAUGCUUGAUAAUAUUGUUUAAAAAGAAAAUUAUAUUAUAAAUAAACGACAUGAUUUUAAAAUACUGUCUAUUUGUUGUAAUGUAAUUAAAGAAUAUUUAAAUAUUAAUUUUUAUAUAUCAAAAAUAAAUAAAAUUGUAUUAGUAUAAAAAAUACCUGAAUAUAACUGAAAUAAGUGAUUAAAUUUAUUAAAAAAUCUGAAAAGUGAAAUAAUGUUUUUGAAAUAUAUAAACUAAAAAUAACUACAUGGAAAUAUUGUUAUCUGUGAUGAAUUAUAUCAUUAAGAAUGGAUCACAUACAGGAAGUACGGCAGCUGGAGUUGCUAUGCAAGCAGUUGUAUGAAUCACAAGAUUCUACGCAUCGUGCAGAGGCUGAAAAAGCACUCGUUGCUUUUCAAAAUGCUCCAGAUACGCUUACGAAGUGCCAGCUCCUACUUGAUCGAGGAGAUUCUCCAUAUGCUCAAUUAUUGGCAGCCACUACUUUGACAAAAUUAGUUUCCCGUUCAUCAGGACUUAGUUUACAACAGAGGCUUGACAUACGAAAUUAUAUUCUGAAUUACUUAGCAACUCAACCAAAGUUACCAAACUUUGUAAUACAAGCUCUGGUUACAUUGUUUGCCAGGAUAUCAAAGUUUGGUUGGUUUGAUAUUGAUAAAGAUAGAAGUGUGGUCAGUGAUGUAACAAAGUUUCUUCAGGGAUCGGUGGAGCACUGUAUGAUAGGAGUCCAAUUACUUUCUCAAUUAACAUGUGAAAUGAAUCAAGUGUCAGAUGCAGACGCAAACAGAUCUAUUACAAAGCAUAGAAAAAUUGCCAGUCACUUCAGAGAUACUCAACUUUUUGAAAUAUUUAGGUUAUCAUAUACUUUAUUAAGUACAGCUCGAGAAAAUUGUAAAAAUUUAAAUUUUAAUGAUGAAGCACAGCAUGGUCUGAUCAGACAACUUUUAAAGCUAGCACAAAAUUGUUUGACAUUUGACUUUAUUGGAACAUCAACAGAUGAAAGUUCUGAUGAUCUCAGUACAGUACAAAUUCCAACUUGUUGGAGACCUGUAUUUUUGGAUUUUACAUCACUGAAACUUUUCUUUGAUUUAUAUCAUAGUUUACCUAACUCAUUAUCAUCUUUGGCCCUUUCAUGUUUGGUCCAAAUAGCAUCUGUGAGAAGGAGUUUAUUUUCAAACCCAGAAAGGGCACAAUUUUUAACACACUUAGUUAGUGGUAUAAAACAUAUAUUACAGAAUCCCCAAGGUCUCAGUGAUCCUGAGAAUUACCAUGAAUUUUGUAGACUAUUAUCAAGGUUGAAAAGCAAUUUUCAACUUGGGGAAUUGGUUUUAGUCAAAGAUUAUCCAGAAGCUAUACAAUUAAUUGCAAAAUUUACAAUACAAAGUUUACAGAUGUGGCAAUUUGCACCGAACAGUUUACAUUAUUUAUUAACUUUGUGGCAAAGAAUGGUGUCUUCUAUGCCUUAUGUAAAAGCAGGUGAUCCACAUCUAUUAAAUACAUAUACACCAGAAAUUGUGAAUGCAUAUAUUACUUCAAGACUCGAAUCAGUUGCAAUAGUAGUUAGGGAGGGUUUAGAAGACCCACUUGAUGAUUUAGGAAUAGUUCAUCAACAACUGGAGCAAAUAUCUGUAAUUGUGAGGUGUGAAUAUCAAAAGACAUGUACUUUGUUAGUGCAACUUUUUGAUCAAGCUGCUAGAACAUACCAAGAAUUAAUGACACAAACUGCAUCUCCAACCCAACAAAUGGAUAUCACUAUACAAGAAGGUCAAUUGACCUGGCUUGUAUAUAUCAUAGGUGGUGUUAUUGGUGGAAAAAUAACAUUUAACAGCAAUGAAGAGUAUGAUGCAAUGGAUGGUGAAUUGGUUUGCAGAGUACUCCAAUUGAUGAAUUUAACUGAUUCAAGACUUGCACAAGGUGGCUGUGAAAAAUUGGAGUUAGCAAUGUUGAGCUUCUUUGAACAAUUUCGUAAGGUAUAUGUAGGUGAUCAAGUUCAAAAAAAUUCUAAAGUAUAUAGAAGACUGUCAGAUGUUUUAGGAGUUAAUGAUGAAUCUAUGGUUCUUGGUAUUCUUAUUCGGAAAAUAAUAACAAAUCUGAAAUAUUGGGGUCGUAGUAAACAGAUUAUUUCGAAAACAUUACAAUUAUUAAAUGAUUUAUCUGUGGGAUAUAGUUGUGUCCGUAAACUUGUAAAAUUAGAAGAAGUACAAUUUAUGCUCAAUAAUCACACAAGAGAGCAUUUUCCAUUUUUGGGAAACAAUGUUGCUGUAACAGAAAUGCGCUGUAGAUCAAUGUUUUACACAUCCUUGGGUAGAUUAUUAAUGGUAGAUUUAGGAGAAGAUGAGGAAAGGUUUCAUACAUUUAUGUUACCUUUGACAAAUGCAUUUGAAAGUUUAGGACAGUUAAUUGGUCCUGCUGAUCCAUCACUGUUUGCAGCAGAAGAAGCAAAAAAAGCACUCAUUGGUUUAGCAAGAGAUUUAAGAGGUUUAGCUUAUGCAUUCAAUACAAAAACUUCUUAUAUGAUGCUCUUUGAUUGGAUUUAUCCCAAUUAUACACCGAUUUUAUUACACGCUGUGGAAUUGUGGCAUUAUGAGCCACAAGUUACUACACCCGUCCUAAAAUUUUUUGCUGAAUUAGUACAAAAUAGAAGUCAACGAUUACAGUUUGAUGCAUCUUCUCCAAAUGGAAUUUUAUUAUUUCGUGAAGCUAGUAAAGUAAUAUGUAGUUAUGGUAAUCGUAUAUUAAACGUUGAAGUUCCAAAGGAUCAAAUGUACCCCUUAAAACUUAAAGGGAUAAGUAUAUGCUUCAGUAUGUUAAAAGCAGCUUUAUGUGGAAGUUACGUAAAUUUUGGUGUGUUCAGAUUAUAUGGUGAUGAAGCAUUGGAUAAUGCACUUAAUACAUUUGUAAAAUUACUUUUUAGUAUACCACAAAGUGAUUUAUUGGAUUAUCCGAAACUAUCUACGACAUAUUUUGUGUUGCUCGAAUGUUUGGCUCAGGAUCACAUGGUUUUCCUUUCUACUUUGGAACCUAGAGUAUUCUUAUACAUAUUAUCAAGCAUCAGUGAAGGCCUUACAGCACUAGGUGCGCAAAAAGACUCCUAUACAGGGGGAUAUCCAGGAAGAAAAAAUGCGGUAGUUUCAGGAGGUGGAGAUUUAUUCUUACAAGUUCUGAAACAACAUCCUGAAAUUCUUCAGCAAAUGUUAAGUACUGUUUUAAAUGUGAUAAUGUUUGAAGAUUGUAGAAAUCAAUGGAGUAUGUCACGUCCUCUCUUGGGAUUAAUUCUUUUAAAUGAAGAAUAUUUUAAUCAAUUACGAGAGAAUAUUAUUAGAAGUCAAUCAGUUGAUAAGCAAGCAACAAUGGCACAGUGGUUUGAAAAUUUAAUGGAAGGGAUUGAAAGGAACUUACUCACAAAAAAUAGAGAUAGGUAAUAAAAAUUCAAAGAAAAAGUUAUACAAAAUUAUAUAAUAACAUCUAUCCAUGUUUAUGUAUGUAUUUCUUUUUCCUUAGGUUUACACAAAAUUUAUCAUUAUUUAGAAGAGAUAUAAAUGAAACUUUAAAAGGACUUAAUACAGCUCCAGAUCCUAUUAGUGAUAUUUUAAUCUUCAGUUAGAUUUUCUUAGGUUCUUGCCUGCCAAAUGCUUGA